AUGUCACAGCCAACGGAGGAGGAGAUAUGUGACGCAGUCCUGGACUUUGUUUCUGAGGGCACAUAUCCAGAUUCGGAGCAGGUCGUAGCAGCUGAAUUCCCGCUUUCAGCUCUUUCAAAGGAACUGGAGCUCAUUACGCAGGCCAGAGACGAGGUAGAGGCAGAGAUAAGCUCGCUAAGUCAGGACACUGAUCUCGACAUUGAUGCAUGGAUAUUACAAGCAAAACAGCUGCACUCAGAUCUCGAACAAUCGCGAUUAACUGCGCGGGAAAUUGUUAAGCAGCACGAGAAAACGAGGCCGUUGCAGCUGAAAGUUGAGGAUGCGGCUGCGAAAGUUGAACUCGUUGAGAGGGAAAUUGUGUUCAACCAGGCUGUGACGGACACACUAGAGCAGGUCCAGGGCCUCUGUCAACAACUAGACGCCAUACGGCCUCUUGAUCAGUAUGGUAAAAUCACGGCCACGAUUGACCAGCUGGAGGAAAUUGAGCAUGCCAUAAACAUAGACAGCUGUUUCAAGAAGACUAAUGUGAUGGUAAUAUUAACUGAAAAUGUCGCCACGAUGCGACGGGAAAUCGUGGAGUCCCUCCGCAGCCGAUGGCAGCGUCACUUGGAACUUGACAGCGAAAAAGGAAAGCUGGUUAUCUCUCGUGGUGCACUGGAAGAGACUAUCUCUGCUCUAGAGCGCUUGGAUCAACUUACCUCAGUGAAUAACCAAUUUCAGAAGGACUUGUUUUUUGCACUUCUGGACCCAAUAUUGCUUCCCAAUAACGAUGGGUAUAGCCACGGAAUUCAGGUUGAAGAGUCGUUGAUAUCCGUCGAUCCUGAACCGUCUCGAGCUUCAGUUUCAGAUGUGCUGAACUAUGUUGUCCAAGUUCUCGAAUUUCUCCGCCGGUCUCUACCUGAGUCAAUCAUAACACCCCUUUCUGACUCAUUGAUUCCUGCUAUUUCGUCCAAUAUAAUAUCUCACUGGCUGUCAACUGCCAUACCGACAAAGCUAGCUGAUUUGGGCGAGUUUGAGGCCACCUUGGAGCACGUCCUUCAAUUUACCAAGACGAUAGAGUCACUUGGUCUGCACGGUCAAGAGGAACUGGUUUCCUGGACCACUCAAGCCCCUCGUUUAUGGCUGACUAGGCGAAGAGUUGACUCGUUGGAUCAGGUCCGUAAGGUGCUUGCUGCUAGUAAAGGGGACUCGAGGCAGGUAGAGAGAAUCGAAAAGAGACAAGUCUCUGAAACAGAUGAGGUAUUAUUAGACAACUCAACUUCGGAUGACUGGGACGCCGGCUGGGAUGACGAGAAAGAAAAUGCUCAAAACAAUGACGACGAAGAAGACGUUAGCGCCUGGGGCUUGGACGAUGAUACAGAUGACCCGAAGGUCACCAAACCUAAUGAUGCAUCAGGGGUUGACGAUGAUGAAACCGGGGAUGCUUGGGGUUGGGGAGAGGACGACGAAGACGAAGGUCAGCCCGCGGAAGAGAAUCCUCAGACGGGGAACACUACAGCAGAAUCUGCCAGGGCCAAUGAAGAUCGGGGUGACGCAACUUCGAAGGAGAUAACAUUGAGGGAGUAUUACACAAUUACCGAUAUUAUCCGCCAACAGAUCUCAGACUUUGAGAUCAUAUCUAAACCUUCGCACUCCAGCACACUCGUAUCCUCCUCCGGAGCCGGCCUCCUUGCCAUCCCAACCCUUAUCCUUGCCAUGUUCAAGGCAGUGGCGCCGUCUUUUUACGGUCUCAAACUCAACGCUGGCCAGAUGUACCUUUACAAUGACAGUUUAUACCUGGCAGACCAAGUCCGUCAAGUCGCCAACAACCAUCAACUCUCAAGACUUGAUGGCGACAUCGAAGCACUUGAGAAGUUCGGCAAACUGGCCUAUAGUAAAGAGAUGCAGACACAGCGAACCAUCGUUACUGACUUAUUAGAUGGUGCCCAGGGCUUCAGUCAAUGCUCGGAGCAACCUUUUCUUGGGGACUGCGAAAACGCUGUGCGCGCAACCGUGGAUAGACUACGGACUGUUUACAAGGAGUGGCAGCCAAUCCUCUCCCAUUCAGCCUUACUUCAGGCAAUCGGGUCUCUUGUAUCGACAGUAGCUGAGAAAAUCAUUGUCGACAUUGAGGACCUAGGCGAUAUAUCGGAGUCGCAGUCCCAGAAACUGGUUUCCUUCUGCAAUCAGUUAUCGAAUUUAGAGGAUUUGUUUCUGCCUGAGCAUUCGGAUGACGCUAAACCGGUACCCAUGACCGCUGUCUAUUUCUCUGGCCGAUAUCAAAUUCUUGUGGCUGGAGGGAGAGCUGUCCCUCGAAUUCUCAGCGGAUGA